AUGGUGGUUACGAUCAAGAUUGUUAAAGCUCGUCAGAUCUUCGAUAGCCGUGGAAAUCCAACCGUCGAAGUUGAUGUUACUCUUAGUGAUGGAACUUUUGCUAGAGCUGCUGUUCCUAGUGGUGCUUCAACAGGUGUUUAUGAAGCGCUGGAAUUGAGGGAUGGAGGCUCAGACUACCUUGGGAAAGGUGUUCUUAAGGCUGUCGAGAAUGUGAAUUCAAUUAUAGCACCUGCUCUUCUUGGCAAGGACCCAACCAAGCAGACUGAAAUCGACAAUUUUAUGGUACAGCAGCUUGAUGGAACUGUUAAUGAGUGGGGAUGGUGCAAGCAGAAGCUUGGAGCCAAUGCUAUUUUGGCCGUGUCACUCGCUGUCUGUAAAGCUGGUGCUUUAGCAAAGAAAAUUCCUCUGUACAAGCAUAUUGCAAAUCUAGCCGGAAACAAGACUUUGGUAUUACCUGUACCUUCAUUCAAUGUUAUCAAUGGAGGCUCACAUGCAGGAAAUAAGCUUGCAAUGCAGGAAUUCAUGAUUCUCCCUGUUGGGGCAUCUUCUUUCAAAGAAGCAAUGAAGAUGGGUGUAGAAGUCUACCAUCAUCUAAAGGCUGUGAUUAAAAAGAAGUAUGGACAAGACGCUACUAAUGUGGGUGAUGAAGGUGGCUUUGCUCCUAACAUCCAGGAAAACAAAGAAGGACUUGAGCUUCUCAAGACUGCCAUUGCAAAAGCUGGUUAUACUGGAAAGGUUGUAAUUGGGAUGGAUGUUGCUGCUUCAGAAUUUUAUGAUAACAAGGGCAAAACAUACGACUUGAAUUUCAAGGAAGAGAAUAACGAUGGAUCAGAGAAAAUCUCAGGAGACAGCUUAAAGAAUGUGUACAAGUCAUUUGUGUCAGAUUACCCAAUCGUGUCCAUUGAGGAUCCAUUCGAUCAGGAUGACUGGGAGCACUAUUCAAAAUUAACAGCUGAAAUGGGUCAGCAAGUACAGAUUGUUGGUGAUGAUCUCCUUGUUACCAACCCAAAGCGUGUGGAAAAAGCAAUUAAGGAGAAGUCUUGCAAUGCCCUUUUGUUGAAGGUGAAUCAAAUUGGCAGUGUAACUGAAAGUAUUGAAGCUGUGAGAAUGUCUAAGCAAGCUGGCUGGGGUGUCAUGGCUAGCCACCGAAGUGGUGAAACUGAGGAUACCUUCAUUGCUGAUCUCUCAGUUGGGCUAGCAACAGGUCAGAUCAAGACGGGAGCUCCCUGCAGAUCUGAAAGGCUUGCUAAGUACAACCAGCUUCUUAGGAUCGAGGAGGAGCUUGGUGCUGCAGCAGUCUAUGCUGGUUCCAAAUUCAGGGCCCCCGUUGAGCCCUAUUGAUAUUUGAACGUAAACUGCAGCAGUUUGUGCUGGUUCCAAACUCGGAGCCUUGGUGGAGCUCUAUUGAUAUUUUGAUGCAAACUGCGUUAAAUAAGUUUCUAUUGACGCUGACAGCACGGGCAUAUCUGAUAUAUUUCUACAUUUGUUGAACCGUCUGUAUAAGAGAAUAGAUUUUUUUGAAGAACUCUAAGAAAAUCUAUAUAGUUUUGUCGAGUGUGUAAUUUUGGAACUAGGGCAACAGGGAAGUACUUUGAAUUUGAUGUGUCUGUUUGGGGUGGCUUUGAAUUUGAUGCGUCUGUUUGGGGUGGCUUGGCUUGGUUAAAUAUCAAAUAUUAACACAUUCUGGGUGGAUUAUAUUGAUUUCUAUGCACAUCUUGACUUGUGAAAAAUAUUAUCUACUAUCAUAUAGUUCAUA